AUGCCGGCGAAUGACUGCGUACUUAUGGACAAAAUCAUCGAAGGGGAUGGUAAGACGAUCCCACGCCAAGGAAGCAUUGUGACUCUUGACUACGUCGGUUUUUUGCCUGAUGGAAGGAGGUUUGACUCCACCAUCGAGCGCGGAAAGCCUUUUGUGUUUCGUGUAGGAUGUGGCGAGGUCAUUAAGGGGUGGGAUGAGGGGAUUGUGCAGAUGUCAAAGGGCGAGCGGAGUCGAUUGACGAUACCACCUUCUUUGGCAUUUGGAUCCACUGGUUUUCCUGGUAUGAUCCCCCCCGACACUGUCAUUGUUUUCGAGGUGACACUGCUGGACGUUGCUUGA